AUCUACUGAGAAAUUACCGGACAUCGAUAUUAUAAUUUAACGCGCACGUUUUAUCGACACUGAUGGCGCUUUGCGCAUACAAGAAUGUAGAACCGUGACCUUUCUCAUUCCUCUCUCUGCCAGUCGCGACGUGUAUUCCGAAGGGGAUACUUUUACUGACACUCUGUGAUUACAUUUAAAUUAAAAUGGCAGAUCUUGUAUUAACGGAGGACGAAUUAAUGCAGAAACACAAGAGAGAACGGAAGGAACUGCAAGAUGUUUCUUCCUUCAUCGUAGCGCAAAUACAAAUUUUGAAGAAGUCAAUCUGCAAAGGCGACAAGAAGAAGAAGAAAGAGGUUAUGGAGGAAGUGGGCCGUUUAGAGGAGAGUCUGGAGAAACGUCACACGGAGGAGUUGAACGCAUGGAGAUUGGCUCGUGUUAAAUUGGACGACAAGGAAGAGGCAGAACUCGCAGACAUGAGCGAGGAAAUCAGCACGGAUAACAAUUGCUUGGAACAGCCUGUACAAAGGAUCUCCAAAGCUCAGAAAAGAAGGGAGAAGAAGGCGAUCGCAGAGAGGGAGCGCAAUCAGAGAAUCAUUGAACAGGAGGCGCUCAACGUGUUUGGUAAAAGGAACGUGGAGAUGGAAGCUAUAAAGAAGAUUCUCUCCGAGCGUGGUUUAAUGGUCUAUGAAAUUCCCAGCGAUGGCCAUUGUUUAUACAACGCAGUUGCUCAUCAACUUAAGGUGAAUGGGGAGGCGCCCCUUAGCCUGCAUGAUCUCAGAAUGAAGACUGCUGAUUAUUUGAGAGAAAAUAUGAAUGACUUUUUACCAUUUCUGUCCAAUCCCGAUUCUGAGGACUUAUUGACACCGGAGGAGUUUGAGAAGUAUUGCAACGAUGUGGCCAAGACGAGUACCUGGGGCGGCGCAGUCGAGCUUCAAGUACUAUCGUGUAUACUAAAAAGUCCGAUCGAGGUUAUACAAGCUACAGGGACUCCCUACAUCAUCGGAGACCAGUACACCAAUGGUAAAAAAGUAACAGUGACCUAUCAUCGUCACAUGUACGAGCUUGGUGCUCACUACAAUUCUGUCACGAAACACGUGCCGGAUGAGGAGAGCUGAUAAAGGUCUUCGAUUAGACUCGAUUUUACAUGAUCCUUCAAGCUGUCUUCAAGUCUUAUUAUCGAAUGGCAAAUUAAUCGCGCGUUUCGAUUUGCGACGGUAUUUUUUACCAGUCGGUAGUCUUAAUUUAUUCUGUGUGGAAAGUGCAUACCCAUAAGUUUCCAGACAGUAUAAAGAUAUUUUUAUCGAGAUAUACAUUGAGGACUGUUGAAUGAGGACAAAAAGCUGCCAGCAGAAUAUUCUAUCUUCCGACGAGAUUUGCAUUUCUAAACUUUACAAUUAUUGUGAUGAUUAACCGGUAAUAUUUGCAAGGGGAAUCCCUUAGAUAUAUAUGUAUAUAUCGCUUGAUACUGAACUGACCAUUAAAAGGGGAUAAAAAUGUUGAGCAUAUUGCACACAUUGUCUACGGGCUAGAGAUGUCGGGAAAAUUGCAAUUGACGAUUGAAUUUUUAUCGAAGACGAACCUAAAUGUGUCAGUCCUUGGUGACGGUCACGCACACACACAUGUUCGAAGAAUCCUUUUUUACGGGCAUCGGGUCAAGCUAGAUACAUAUCAGUGACUAUCAAUAAAAUGUAUUUCCUUUGGUCGUAUUUUAACCAAGUUUGCCGGAACCCUCGCGUUCACAGCUGAACGUGACUGUCUAGCUCCGAAAGUUCCGCCUAAUUUAAAGAACGAAUCCUUUAUAGAGAUCUCGAUAUAGGAUAUAUAUCUUCGUCGUGUAUUCAGUACUUGGAACAUACGACCCCAUCCUAAGGCUUUGCGCACGUCGAAGGGAAUGCAUGGGUUUAUCAUACCAAAGCUUAGGAUUACGUUAAUUGACUAACGGGAGUACGCAUAUUUCAAGAGCGUGUGUAUUCGAUACUGACUAGCGGACUGUCUGAGCAUUUGUCACAUGACGUUCCACGUUGCGACCUUCCUACUGGGACGAACGAGCCUCGAACUGUCGCGUUCAGCGCUCAAUGUGAGAACACGAAUUUUGCCAUCGGUUAGAUACCUACUCAACCGAGUACACAACACGCGUACGAGUCGUUAUGAGCUAAAAUAUCCUCAUGAGUUAGACAUAAGUUGCUUUUCGGACUCCUGUGUUAUAAAAUUAUUAAAUUAUUAAAAUUUUGUAUAGGAUUAUAUUUAUUUUUCAUGUGGAUAAUAUAUAU